GGUUAGUGUUUCUGAUUUUGGUUUAGGGUAUAUCGCAGAGAUUUCUGCCAACCAUGUCGUAAGAAAACCCUAAGACGAAGCAUACGCACACAGAGAGAUGGGGAAGAAGACGAAGAAGGCGGGAAAAGGAAAAGAAAAAACAGAGAGGAAAACUGUCAAAGCGGAGGAGAAGAAAGCUCGGAGAGAGACCAAGAAGCUCUCUCCCGAAGACGACAUCGAUGCCAUUCUUUUAAGCAUCCAAAAAGAGGAGGCUAAGAAGAAGGAGGUCCACGUCGAGGAGAAUGUUCCAGCACCAUCCCCUAGGUCUAACUGCACGCUGACAAUAAAUCCCUUGAAAGAGACAGAGUUGAUUCUCUAUGGUGGUGAAUUUUACAAUGGCCAUAAGACGUUUGUAUAUGGUGAUCUCUACCGGUAUGAUGUGGAUAAGCAUGAAUGGAAGUUGAUUUCGAGUCCCAAUAGUCCACCUCCUCGCAGUGCUCAUCAAGCAGUUGCUUGGAAGAAUUAUCUCUACAUCUUCGGUGGUGAAUUUACAUCUCCAAAUCAAGAGAGGUUUCAUCAUUACAAGGAUUUUUGGAUGCUUGACCUCAAAACUAACCAAUGGGAACAACUGAAUUUGAAGGGAUGUCCCAGUCCACGUUCUGGUCAUCGCAUGGUACUGUACAAGCACAAGAUUAUCAUUUUUGGUGGGUUUUACGACACGCUUCGUGAAGUAAGGUAUUACAAUGAUCUCUACGUGUUUGACCUGGAUCAAUACAAGUGGCAAGAAAUAAAGCCUACGCCCAGUGCGAUGUGGCCAACUGCUAGGAGCGGUUUCCAGUUUUUUGUGUAUCAAGAUGAGAUAUUCUUAUAUGGUGGCUAUUCUAAAGAAGUUUCAUCUGAUAAGAACAACAGCUCUGAAAAAGGGAUUGUUCAUUCAGAUUUAUGGUCCCUUGAUCCGAGGACAUGGGAGUGGAACAAGGUGAAGAAAAGUGGGAUGCCUCCUAGCUCUCGUGCAGGAUUUACCAUUUGUGUUCACAAAAAACGUGCUUUGCUAUUUGGGGGUGUUGUAGACAUGGAAAUGGAAGGUGAUGUAAUGAUGAGUUUAUUCUUAAACGAACUCUAUGGCUUCCAAUUAGAUAAUCAUCGAUGGUACCCCAUAGAGUUACGGAAAGAAAAAUCUACAAAAGAUAAGGCACGGAAGAAUUCGGAGGCUAAGCAUAAUAUCUCUAACAAUGAUGAUGAGAUGGAUGCAAUGGAAGAAGACGAAUCAGCCGCAGAUAAGACAGGCCCAUCUGAUGCGAUAUCUGAUCGCAUGGUAACCGAUCUAUCUAUUGGUGAGUCUGAUAGUAAAAGUAAGGUACCGCAGGAAGCGAAAGCUAGACUAGAUCUGCAAGUUUCUGCCUCUCAAGAGGUUGUGAAACCAUGCGGGCGGAUAAAUGCUUGCAUGGUUGUCGGGAAGGAUACUCUAUACAUAUAUGGUGGCAUGAUGGAGAUAAGAGACAAAGAAAUUACUCUUGAUGAUUUAUAUUCGCUUAACCUUAGCAAGCUCGAUGAAUGGAAGUGUAUCAUCCCGGCAUCUGAACCCGAGUGGGUUGAAGCCUCAGAAGAUGAAGAAGGGGAUGAAGACGAGGAUGAAGAUGAUAGUGAAGAUGACGGAAACAGUGAUGAAUCUGACGAUGAAGAUGGCGACGAUGAUGACGAAGAAGAGGCUGUCAAUGAUGGCGACGAAUCCGUGAAAGUAGGAGAUGUCGUUGCUAUGAUAAAGGGCAAAGGAAAAUCCCUCCGAAGAAAAGAGAAGCGAGCUCGGAUAGAUCAGAUCAGAGCUAAUUUAGGUCUUUCAGAUUCACAGAGGACCCCGAUGCCUGGAGAAUCUUUAAGAGAUUUCUAUAAGCGAACAAAUAUGUACUGGCAAAUGGCUGCAUACGAGCAUACCCAACACACUGGAAAGGAGCUGCGUAAGGAUGGUUUUGAUCUCGCAGAAGCUCGGUAUCUGGAGCUUAAACCGAUUCUAGACGAGUUGGCGAUACUCGAGGCGGAGCAAAGGGCUGAAGAGGCAGAAGGACCCGAGACUAGCUCAAGAAAGAGAGGCAACGCGAAGAAGAAAAGAUAAGAUUCUUUCAAGCUGCUGCUUCUUUUUUUUUUUGUUGGAGUUGCAUAAGAAUCUUAAUUUAAUUUCUACACAAUUUCGCAAACCGUGCAAGUCUACAACGAAUCUUUACUUUGUAUUGCAUUGUUGUUCAUUGCAAGGAUCUUGAUACAUAGACAACC